UCCGCGGCGGGCGCUUUGGGGGAGUUUCCGGCGUCCCAGGCGCGCAGGUGUCUCGCGGGGUCUCGGCCUGUUCCGGGCGCGGGAAGAGGCGCCGCUGUCCCGCUCGCUGCUUAAUGCGGUCCCUGAGGCUGGCUCCCUUUCCGCAGCCGGGAAGGCGAAUCCUCUUGUGAGUCGGAGCCCCAGCGAGCAGCUCGGCCGAGGAGCAGAAGCCGGCCAUGGAUGACUUCUUGUCGAUCAGCUUGCUCUCCCUGGCUAUGCUGGUUGGCUGCUACGUGGCCGGGAUCAUCCCUUUAGCGGUGAACUUUUCCGAGGAAAGGUUGAAGCUGGUCACAGUCCUUGGUGCUGGACUUCUUUGUGGAACUGCCUUGGCUGUCAUUGUGCCUGAAGGAGUACAUGCACUUUAUGAAGAUAUCUUGGAGGCAAAGCACCACCCAGCUAGCGAGACUCAAAAGAUGGUUGAAUCAGAAAAAGCAGCAGAUGUGCCCGUAGUACAUGACCAUGUCCACAGCCAUGACCAUUCAAGGCUACAUGCUUAUAUUGGUGUUUCCCUGGUCCUUGGGUUUGUCUUUAUGCUUCUAGUAGAUCAGAUUGGCAGCUCUCAUGUCCACGCUACAGAUGACCCAGAAGCAGCAAGGUCGGGCAAUUCCAAAAUUACUACCACACUGGGACUAGUUGUUCAUGCUGCAGCUGAUGGUGUUGCCUUGGGUGCAGCUGCUUCCACCUCUCAGACCAGUGUCCAGCUAAUAGUGUUUGUUGCAAUUAUGUUACAUAAGGCACCAGCUGCUUUUGGUCUUGUUUCCUUUCUAAUGCAUGCUGGUCUUGAACGGAAUCGAAUCAGGAAGCACUUGCUGGUUUUUGCACUUGCAGCCCCUGUUCUGUCAAUGGUGACUUACUUGGGACUAAGCCAGAGCAGCAAACAAGCACUUUCAGACGUUAAUGCCACUGGAGUCGCCAUGCUUUUCUCUGCUGGAACUUUUCUAUAUGUUGCCACAGUUCACGUUCUCCCUGAAGUGGGUGGAAUGGGACAUAGCCACAAACCUGACUCUGCUGGAGGCAAAGGACUCAGUCGCCUGGAGGUGGCAGCAUUAGUUCUGGGCUGCCUGAUUCCUCUGAUUCUGUCCAUUGGACACCAGCAUUAAAGGUCUGAAGUGCAGCAAUCCUCUCCUCAGUCUCUGAUGUGAGCAGCAAUCUGGUGUGUCAAGCUGCCCUUUUAUCAUUGUCUCUCUUACCCUGUUAACCACCCCAUCUGUUUUAAGGAGUCAGAGAGAGAAGCAAAGGAGGAUUUCUGGGAAAGCUUGUUAGCAUAGGAGAUGAUACUCUCGACAGCCGGAUAUAAAUUCUGCAUAACUUCCCUUUUCUGAAGAUGUUUUAAUUAUGACUUCCUGCCCUAUUCUCAGGGAAGUUGGAAUUUAGAGAUUCUAUGGCAGAUGAUUUGGGAAGGACUUUGUGGCUCAUCAUGAAAGCAUAAUCAAAAGUAUUCUAUAUGUCAGCAUUCACAGCUGACCUCUUGACAUUGGACGCUGCUUUCUGACGUCUGGGACUAGUUUUCACCUCCAAGAUAAUGAUGGCAUAACUAUCUUGGGAGAUGCAUCUGGUGAAGAAACAUCAACGGGAUAAAGUCCUAGAAAAGAUCUGUACAAGUUUAACAGCUUGAUAGGAUUUUUAUAUUGCAUUACUAGGAAGCACAUUUAUUGUGUCCCUUGAGUGUUAUCAUCUAUAUGGUAGAAUCAAGGAGUCACAUUGGGCUGAAAGUUAGGUGGUUCUGAGCGCAGAGGAGUAUGUGCUUAUUGAAAUGGACACUGUGCACAUCUACAAAGGCUUAUUUUGUUAAAAUAGACUAAGGUAAGCAUGUUCAUUAAGAGUGAAGGGUGCCCAAAGCAUUUACCUAUACAGAAGCAAGGACCUUAACAUUUCCUGUUAUUACAAACAAGAAACAUUCUAAAUUGUGAGCCUGUCUGAAUUGAGCCUCCCUUUCUUUCUGAAAUCUGAUUCUGAAAUAUUUCAAUCUGAAAUAUUUCAAUCAACAUCGAGUGUAACUGCAGUUCUGAAAUGCAGUGCCUUUCCAUGGAGAAGAUCCUUCCUUUUGGCCUAUAAACUUAACUUCAUUGUGAAAGAAACUGUAAGAGCCAUAGGGAGAAACCUAAAAUAUCUGGAAGUAUAUGUACAUUCUUGGUGCACAAUUUUUACUUCAAUUUGAAACCUUCACUUCCAUUGUUCUUCAGUUAAUGGUCAUUUUACCUUAAAACACACA